AUGAGGAUACAGUUUGGAACUUUGCUAGCAGAUAUUGGGCUCAUUGCUCUUCCAAAACAAUAUCAGGUUGGUGGAAGAAAGAAAGAGAAUCUUGACACUUGGUUUUCAGAUGAAUCACAACCAUUCAAUAUGUAUUCAACCCAUUCAUCAAUUGUAAAGGCAAUAUUAUGUGCAGGUUUAUAUCCCAAUAUUGCAGCCACUGGGAAAGGCAUUGCUGAAGCAACUCUCACUAACCUUAAACAAUCUGCCAGUCCGGCAACUAAGGAACGUCCAAUCUGGUAUGAUGGAAGAAGAGAAGUUAACAUACACCCUUCUUCUAUCAACAGUACUUUAAAAGAAUUUCAGUAUCCCUUCAUUGUCUUCCUCGAAAAGGUCGAAACAAACAAAGUAUUUCUCCGAGAUACAACAGUCAUUUCUCCCAACUCUAUUUUGUUGUUUGGUGGCUCCAUCAACAUCCAGCAUCAGACUGGACUUGUUAUUGUUGAUGGAUGGUUAAAACUGACGGCACCAGCACAAACUGCUGUCCUGUUCAAGGAACUCCGAUUAACUCUUCAUUCCGUUCUGAAGGAAUUGAUAAGAAAGCCAGAGAACUCCACCGUUGCUUAUAAUGAGGUUUUAAGGUCUAUUAUCCAUUUGUUGUUAGAAGAAGAUAAGCCCCCACAGUAA